AUGUUUGGCGCACUCAAUCGUUUUAUCGGCCGGCUUGAUGGCGAGCCCACUCAACAACCUCGGAAUGGACCAAGUGACAACGCUUUCGGGUUUCAAGUGCUCCGCAACAAAGAUCCCGAGCUACCUUUGGAGCCCUGGUUUGACUUCAUCGUGGGAAUAAAUGGCCAUCCCAUAGAAGACCCGGACCCAAAUCUAUUUGCGACUGAAGUUCGCAAUUGCGCCGGAACAAGCUUGACCCUAGAAGUCUGGAGCGCCAAGGGCCAACGAACACAUACCUAUAACGUGCCGGUCCCCUCCACCAAUCCAUCCCUCGGCCUCGCCCUACAGCUUGCCCCUCUCAAUUCCACUCAGAACAUUUGGCAUGUGCUUGCCAUCCCCUCAUCUCUGAGUCCCGCUUUCCGUGCAGGGCUUCUUCCCCAUUCAGAUUAUAUUAUUGGAACACCAAGCGGGACAUUGCGCGGGGAGUCCGCACUUGGGGAGUUAGUGGAAGACCACCUGGACCGUACACUGAUCUUAUGGGUCUACAACAGCGAAUUUGAUGUGGUUCGUGAAGUGGAGCUUAUUCCCACUCGUGGAUGGGGUGGUGAGGGUGCUGUUGGUGCCGAGUUGGGAUAUGGCGCCUUGCACCGGCUCCCCGUUGGGCUGGGGGAAGAGGUGGAAGGACCUGGUGAAGUCGUCUUUGAGACUCGCGAGGAUGAAAUUUCCUCGCCUAUUGCCGAGUCAGCAGGCCCCGGGGCAGCUACUGGAGUCGUUGAAAACUUCUUGAUACCCGCAAACAUGGCAUCUAUCCCGCCGCUCGCGGGCCCAAUGCAAGUUACUUCUCCUCCAGAGGGUCGAUCACCCUCAAACCGCCGAGGUAAAGCACGCCAUGGAGUGUCGCCGAAUAAUAUGUUUGAUGAUUACUUUGCCGAGGGUGAGGAGAAGAGUCGAGAGCAGGAUUUCGCGCCUUCACGAAAAGGAACCCCCCUUCCACCACCUCCUAGAGUCGGUAUAUCACCUCACACCACGGCCACGGCACCCGAAUCUGGAGAGCCCGUGGAAGGAUCACCGGGACCGACACAACCGGCAUGA